CAGCAUAUAAGCCCGCUCUGCGUUGCGUGCAGACUUACGUCAGAAGGUGGCUCUGCCAGUUGAGUGUCUUCGGUUAGUGAGCAGUAGUGGUUCUGACGUCUUGGGUGUCUCACGUAAAAGGACGCGUCGUGCGUAAUUCAAGUGCCUUGCUGACGGCAGCUACACAGACAUUAACGAAUAUGGCAACAGGUGAUAGAAAAUUCCCGAGCAAUAUUACAGACCGGUUAACAUGCCGUCAGGUACUCAACAUCAUGGUCAUCCUUGGCUUCAUGUUCAACUACAUGCUGAGGGUGAACCUCACAAUCGCCAUAGUCGCCAUGGUGGUUCCAGGUAACAAGACAGACACCUCUCACAGCAACGCCACCCUCACAGAGUGUUCAGACUACUCUUUGCCCCCAGAUAACACCACCCUUCUCUCCGGAACACCCGUUCAGCAGCCUGAGACUUUUGAUGGCAUGCGAUUCGAAUGGGAUGAAUACGAACAGAAUAUGAUCCUGGGAUGCUUCUUCUGGGGCUACGUGAUGACAGAGCUACCAGGCGGGCGUCUGGCGGAAGUAAUCGGCGGACAUCGUGUGUUCGGCUACUCCAUGCUGAGCGCCUCCGUGCUUACACUUCUUACGCCCCUCGCGGCCAAACUGGACUAUUUGGCCGUCGUAAUUCUGAGGGUUCUACUCGGACUCAUGCUGGGUGCCACAUGGCCGUCAAUUCACCCGAUGACUGCGCGUUGGAUUCCGCCAACAGAACGCAGCAAAUUCAUGUCCAAUAUGAUGGCGUCUUCCCUGGGGGCAGCCAUCACCAUGCCAGUGUGCGGGUUUCUGAUCGCGUCCCUUGGAUGGGAAUCUGUAUUCUAUGUCACGGGAGUUGUGGGACUGGUCUGGAGCAUCGUCUGGUUUUUCGUUGUGUUCGACUCCCCGGCACAGCACCCUCGAAUCUCCGAGGAAGAACGUCAGUUCAUAGAAAAAGCUAUCGGAGACUCCACCAGCCAAGGCAAGGCGCACCGGGUCCCUUGGUUCAGUAUCCUGACGUCGCCGUGUGUGUGGGCCAUCAUCAUCACUCACGGAGCCAGUGUCUUCGGCUACUUCACGGUGGUGAACCAGCUUCCCACCUACAUGAAACACAUUCUGCACUUUAAUAUCAAAGCGAACGGGCUGCUGUCCAGCAUGCCGUACCUCGGCAAAUACGUGUUCGCGGUGUUGACCAGCGCGCUGGCAGACUACUUCCUGCGCACCAAGAAGUUUACUCGGACCACAACGAGGAAACUUUUCACCGCCGUCGCUCUGGCAAUACCUUCUGCGACAAUGAUCGGGCAGAUGUUCCUGGGUUGCGACCGAGCUGCCUCUGUCGCAUUCUUUACAGUGGCACUCACUAUCAAUGGCGCUGUGUGUGGGGGUUACCUUGGCAACGGGCUCGACAUUGCCCCAAACUUCUCAGGCACCAUAUUCGGAAUGGCAAACACCCUGUCGUCUCUUGGUGGAUUUCUGUCGUCUCUCAUGGUUGGAAUGCUCACACAAGACAAUCAAACGUAUACUCAGUGGCGCAAAGUGUUUGGUAUCAUAGCCGCGACGUACGCUGGUGGUGCCAUCGUGUACAGUGUGUUUGGCACGGGGGAGCUGCAGUCUUGGAACUCUGGACCGAAGUCUACAGACAAGGAUGAGGCAGAGAAAGAGAAGAUUCCUCUAAGAAAUGACAAAGUGUGAAGACCCACGAUUUGUGACUCUAGGAAACAUUUGAUUUGCGACUUCACAAUUAUAAAGAUGUGUUACCUUUCCAGGGUUCCUAAAGAAGAGAGAUCAAGUUUUGAAACCCUGUUACUGAGUUCUGUGUGUCUGUCCAUUCAUCUGGCCCCUAAUUUGGCUGUAGGCCUAAACAUCAAUGUUAUAAUACUCUAAUUGCCAGACUUCUGUAAAAUUCAGUUUGAAUACAAUGCCAUCAGUGAUCUCCACAUCUCAGUGUCAUAACUGUGCGUCAGUGCUACUGCUUUUUAUUGGGAAUGUCCUAGGUUCAAAACUUUCACCAGAGGCAAGCUCUUCUGACUGAUGUUUUCAUAGUUCUCCUGAGCCCCUCUGCAAUGUCCAUUUUCUUAUAUAUCCUUUCAGAUUCAUUAUUCAAACCAACAAUUAAAUUAACUUCCUGUCAUCAACAAUAUCUGUCAACAUGGCUACCAAUGAAACUGUGAAUUGACGUAUGCAGACUUCAGUUAUUUUUCAUGACACAAAGAAACAAUAAUAAACAGCAGCACAAUAAGCAUAUUUAAAAAAAAAUCUCUAUUGACUUUACUUUGAGGUUAGCCAAGUGCUGAGUCGUAGAUGAAUCCCAUAAUUUAGGACCAAGGGUAUGACGAUGCGCCGCAUGAUCAGGGCUACCUCACUGCUCAUGUGGCUUUGAUAUUUUAGUAUGAAGCAGUGGUUGAAUGACAAUUAAAGGAUAAAACUAAAGAACUCAGAGGGAAGCUGUUUCAGUGCCACUUCAUCAAACAUGAAUCUCACUUAAAGUGACCUGGGACUAACCCUGGUCUCCACAGUGAGAAGCCAGCAUCUAGCCAGAAUUCUUUUAACACUAACUACAUUCAACAUUUCAAUUCAUGCAAAUAAAUAAGCUUUUUAAAAGUACAUACGGAUUCCAGCGCGAUGUUCGAUAAUUAAAUAGGCUAAAUGCGAUAAAUAAGUCUAAGUUGUCCAAAGUCAAGACAUUUAGCCACUGUACAAUUUGAAUAUUUUCUCGUGUUAUUUAUUCUGCACAGAAAAGAAAGAAAUGUAAGAUGUAGUAAGGUAAACAAACACUGAGUUCUGUUGUUGCUAGCAGAAGUGACAGAUUUGCUAGGAUACAUUAGGCUGAAGAGGACACACCUAAGUUUCCUGCAUAAUCAAAACUUAUCAGCGUCCAUACAGAUGGUGUUCUGUAAAGAAGAUUGGAUAAACUAGAGACGACUGUGCAUAUCAAAUUAGGAAAUUUUACACCCAGCAUAAUUCAACUUUUGUGUUUUAUAAAUCUGUAAGCGCUUGCAUGUUAUAAAUUGUAUGGGUGUUUGAUGUGUAUCAGAUUUGUUUUGCAAGAAAAUUCAGUUGAUUGAAACCCUCCAAUUCAGCUCCAGUUUUUCAGUGGACAGUGGAUCCUCUUCCAGCUUUCUGACCAAAAUACUAGGUUUUGACUCUCCACUCUCAUUCAGUCAGAAUUCUAAUAGUCCUAUGUGUGACUGUGUGCAAAUGUGUAAUGAUGUAUUUUAUUUGAGUUGUGUAUAUGAUUAAAACUGAGUUUAUAAAAAUCCAGAAUAUCAUUCCAGAAUUUUAUUUUACAAUUCAUCUGCUGGCAAUAAAAACAGAAUAAAAUAUAAUUAUGUGACUGUAA